GGGAGAGGAGACAGACAUUCCAUCACAGCCCCUGUGGAGCUGCAGCAGGGACGAAUCUACCAGCGGUGAUUUCUAAUCGUGGGGAAAGGCAGAGCAGCGAGGAGUACGCAGGAAUGAGUCCUCUGAGAGAUUUCCCCUGGCUUUUGAUAUUCCUCUGUGCAGCAGCUAUGUGUGCAGGUGUGGGUGGCGCAAAGGUCGACAACGUGUCGUCAGAGGUCUGUCGUCAUCCGUGUGAGGAGCUGGUGGGUUUGCUCACUGAGAUCUAUGGCCUGCGUGUUGUGACCAGCAGCCUGCUGGAAGACCUGGAGAGAGUAUCAAGAGAAAAUGAAGAGAUGCGGAUAUCUUUGGCCGAGCUGAGCAACAGCAGCAGCAGAGGCCACAAUGGAGGCGGCAGAGGCCACGAUGGCGGUGGAGGCCUUGAUGGUGGCAGCAUAGGCCACGAUGGCAGCAUAGGCCACGAUGGUGGCAUAGGCCUUGAUGGCAGCAGCAGAGGGCUCGAUGGCGGCGGCAGAGGCAUUGAUGGCAACAGAGGCCACGAUUUCAACAGAGGCCACGAUUUCAGCAGAGGCAUUUAUGGCAGCAGAUUCAGCGGCGGCAGCAGGAGCAGGGGCGGCGGUGAUGGCGCUGACGGCCUGGACAAUGAUCUGGACAGGGACAGAGACGGGGAGGUGUGGUGCGUGCAGGAUGGACGAGUGUACGAGCAGGGGGAGGACUGGGAAGUCGACAGCUGCACCUCCUGCGCCUGUCAGGAUGGAAAGGCGGUGUGUCAGCAGGUGUCAUGUCCACCUGUCUCCUGCAUCAAUCCGUCUUUCAUCGAUGGAAGAUGCUGUCCUGUCUGUCUCGACAACGAAGAUGGCUGGUCCCCCUGGUCCGAGUGGACCCACUGUUCGGUCACCUGUGGACGCGGAGGGCAGCAACGGGGCCGAUCCUGCAAUGGCAUCAUGCCUUCCUGCACCGGCCCGUCAGUCCAAACCCGCAGCUGCUCGCCGAUGAAGUGUGACCGCAAGGGGCGAGCUGACGGGAACUGGGGCCUUUGGUCUCCCUGGUCUGCAUGUACAACCACAUGUGGGGACGGCAACAUCACACGGGUCCGUCUGUGCAACAAUCCUCCACCGCAGAAAGGAGGCAAAGGUUGCACAGGAAGCUCCAAGGAAACACAGUCUUGCAACAACACGCUCUGCCCCAUUGCGGGAGGCUGGACAUCCUGGACUGAGUGGUCACUGUGCUCAGACUCGUGUGGCGGAGGGCUCAUGAGUCGCCAGAGAGCGUGUUCGAGUCCCGCCCCUCAGAACGGCGGGAAGCCUUGUGCCGGAGACGCCGUGGACUACGAAGCUUGUAACAAACAGCCAUGCCCAAUAGAUAUGUGCCGGCUUUCAAAUCCCUGUUUUCCUGGAGUGGAAUGCAUAUCGAAUAGCGACGGAUCGUGGGAAUGUGGCCGCUGUCCGUUGGGUUUAAGUGGCAACGGCACUCAUUGUGAAGAUGAAAACGAGUGUGAAGUGGAGGGUGUGUGUGUUACAGCAUGCGUAAACACAGACCCUGGAUUCUACUGCCUGCCCUGUCCUCCUCGCUAUAAAGGCACCCAGCCGUAUGGCCUUGGACUGGAGGAAGCCCUUAAAACCAGGCAGGUGUGCGAACCGUACAAUCCUUGCAAAGACAACACGCACACGUGCCACAAGAACGCGGAGUGCAUCUACCUCGGACUGGCCUCUGAGGUCUUGUACAAGUGCGUGUGUGCUGUCGGCUUCGCUGGCGACGGCUUCCUGUGCGGUGAAGACUCCGACCUGGAUGGCUGGCCCAACAACAGAUUGACCUGCAAGCAGAACGCCACCUAUCACUGUCAAAAGGAUAAUUGCCCCAUGCUGCCAAACUCAGGACAGGAAGACCUGGACAAGGACGGACAGGGAGACGCCUGCGAUCCCGAUGAUGACAACGAUAACAUCAUAGACGAGAGGGACAACUGCCCGCUGGUUUACAACCCUCGGCAGUUCGACUCCGACAGGGACGGCAUCGGGGACCGCUGUGACAACUGUCCGUUUGAGAGCAACCCGCUGCAGACUGACACCGAUGACAACGGAGAGGGAGACGCCUGCAGCAUCGACAUAGACGGAGACGAGGUUCUGAACGAUCGUGACAACUGUCCUUUAGUCUACAACACUGACCAGAGGGACACGGACCUGGAUGGUGUUGGAGACCAGUGUGACAACUGUCCCCUUCUACACAACCCACUGCAGCUCGACUCUGACAGCGACCUGGUGGGCGACAUGUGUGACAGCAGUGAGGACAUCGACGAGGACGGCCACCAAAACUCUCUGGACAACUGCCCCUACAUCGCCAACAGCAACCAGGCUGACCACGACAACGACGGCAAAGGAGACGCUUGUGACCAUGACGACGACAACGACGGCAUCCCUGACGACCGGGACAACUGCAGAUUGGUACCCAACAGGGACCAGCUGGACUCUGACGGCGACGGCAGUGGAGAUGCAUGUUUUGAUGACUUCGACAACGACAGUAUUCCAGAUGCUCUGGAUCCCUGCCCACUGAACCAGGAUAUCGGGUCUACAGACUUCAGGAAGUUUCAGGUUGUUUUGUUGGACCCUAAAGGCACCACGCAGUCUGACCCGCUCUGGGUGAUCCGUAGCCAGGGCACAGAGCUGCUGCAGACCGCCAACUCGGACCCUGGCAUCGCUUUAGGGUUUGACAAGUUCAGCGCAGUGGACUUUAGUGUGACAUUUUAUGUAAAUACCAACCGAGAUGACGACUACGCCGGCAUCGUGUUCGCCUACCAGUCCAGUCGACGCUUCUACGUCGUCAUGUGGAAACAGGUGUCUCAGGCUUACUGGGAGAAAAGGCCGUCCAAGGCUUUCGGCACUGCUGGAGUCUCAAUCAAACUGGUCAACUCCAGCACGGGACCGGGGGAGUAUCUGCGCAACGCUCUGUGGCACACUGGAAACACCAGGCACCAGGUCAGAACGUUGUGGCACGACCCCAAUGAAAUCGGCUGGAAGGACUUCACGGCCUACCGAAUGCACCUCAUCCAUCGACCCAAGACCGGGUUCAUCAGGGUGGUGGUGUACGAGGGCAGGGACAUCCUGUCCGACUCGGGGGCCGUGUACGACCACACCCUGGCUGGAGGCAGGCUGGGACUGUUUGUCUUCUCUCAGGAGCAUGUUCUGUUCUCGGACCUCAGAUACGAGUGCAGAGAUAACUGAAUUAUUUUCCCGGGAUGUUCAGAAAAACUCCACAACAACCCACCAGAGAUCCACAUUAAUUCCACAAACCCUGAAUACCACUGAGAGAAUGAGAGAGGAUGCGAGAGGCCUUUUUAUCCAGCCGAGGCUAUCAAUUAGUGACCAUCAUCUAUCUAUCAGCUUUUUAUGCAACAGUAUCGAUUUCAAACUGCCUCAUUCGCUGUAUAUUUCUGCUCCGACAGCAUCUCUAAUGACAGUAACUUCUUGUUGCUUUUCAUUUGCGCUUUCCUAACGGUUGUAAAUAAUUAUUUAUUGCCAGAUGCCAGAUAUGAGAGGGACAGAUGCGAGGAUAAAUUGAUGAUGGAGUAAGUAGAGCAGAUGCCUGGCGGUAACUUAUCAAUAAAAGGCUUUUUUUAAUCAA